AGCACAGUUUCAAGACUUCAGCCUCCUCUGAAGCCAUGGCCUCCAGCCUUCCUCUGUUCCUGCUGGUCCUGUGCAGUCUGAGUGUGGCCCAGUGCCAGCUGAGGCUGUUUAACCUGCGGGCCACUGAUCUUCCCUCUGACCUGUUGGGAACCACCGACGGCUAUGUCAAGGUGUUCUGUGGUGCAGACACUUUGGGUGAAACCUCUGUCCGUAAUGACAAUGCUAACCCUUGGUGGGAGGAGGAGUUCGAGCACUUCAAGGCCUAUGAGAAUGAAAUACUAAGGCUUGAGGUUCAUGACAGCGACCUUUUGUUUGACGACCUUCUGGGAGUCUGUCAGCGUCAGCUCAAGAUGGGAACCCAUGAGCAUGACUGCUAUCUAGAGAAAGGUGGAACCCUCCAUUACACCUACACUUUCGGCUGA